UUUCCUCUUCCAAAGUUAUUAUAAGAAACAACAUGCUAAGUAUUUGUGUAAAGCUUCUUCUGCUAUAGUCGUCGCGAAGAUCGAGUUUGAAAGGGUGGUGCAUGGUGAGAUCGAUCGAGAAGAUACGUAUCGAGAAAGUUAGGGUUUGGGGGUGAUGAAGAGCUUGGCUCGAAGCUUGUCGAAGAGCCAUGUCGGUGCGGGGUUGCUCGCGGGGUUCUUCUUGGUCUUGCUCACCUACUUCACCAUGUCGGAGCAGUUCGCGAUCCGCGCUCCGAAUCUUUUUUCGCAACCAUCGACGGAACAUGAAGUUAUAUCAACUCCAUCUGCACAGGAUGUAGAGCAAGGAUCAAAAGAUACGGUAGAAGAAAUCGACGCGGGCCGUAACGAGCAGGAGCCAAAAUCAGAUAAAUUCAAAAAGGAAGAAGAGAUCAAAGAAGAGGAAAAAACAUCAAAAUCUUCAAAGAAUACUCAACAACUAGGUGGAGGCAACGACAAAUCCAACCAAUCGGUAGAGCUGAAGCCGAUAUGUGACACGUCGAAUCCACGAUGCGACGUUUGCGACGUGACAGGCGACGCUCGAAUCCUCGGGAGCCACUCGACGGUCUUAUACGUCCCUCCCCCCGAAAUCACCAAUCCUGAACCUCAAGAGUGGAAGAUCCGAGUACAAUCUCGCAAGUACCUUCCGUGGAUCAAAUUCGUGACAAUAAAAUCAUUACGCGGCCCGUUCGAAGCCCCUCCUUGUACGGUCCGGCACGAUGUCCCUGCAGUCGUCUUCGCGCUCGGUGGCCUUAUAGGGAACGUGUGGCACGACUUCAGUGAUGUGAUCGUGCCCCUCUACCUCACUUCUCGUCGGUUCAACGGCGAGGUUCAAUUCCUUAUAACCGAUCUCAGACCUUGGUGGGUCGAAAAGUAUAGUGUGAUACUCAAGAAGCUCUCGAGGUACGAAAUUAUCGAUUUUGAUAGCGAUAAGGAGUUCCGUUGUUACCCACGUGCUCUCGUCGGCCUUCGGAGCCAUCGUGAUUUCGGGAUCUUACCCGAUUUACCUCCAGAAGGAUACACAAUGCUGGACUUCCGGUUGUUCAUUCGAGAAGCUUACUCGCUUCCAAAAGAUGUACCGAUAAGUUAUCGAGAUAAGCCGGAAAAAAAGCCACGACUGAUGCUCAUAAAUAGGGGGAAAACUAGGAGAUUAUUGAAUGUGGAGGAAGUAGCGAAAUCGGCCGAGGAGUUAGGGUUUGAGGUCAUGGUCAUCGAGCCAAAGAGGGACCUAAACGUGACGGAAUUCGCAAAAGCGGUGGACUCGUGCGACGCGCUGAUGGGGGUGCACGGUGCGGGGCUUACGAACAUCGUUUUUCUCAGAACGAACGCCACCCUGAUCCAAGUGGUGCCCUACGGCAAAUUGGAGUCCAUGGCCGAGGGAUUCUACAGUUGGCCCGCAAGGGAAAUGAAAUUGAGAGAUGUCGAGUACUCGAUUGGCGCUGAGGAGACCACAUUGUUGGAGAAAUUUGGGAGAGAUCACCCUGUGAUCAAGGAUCCGGAUUCAAUUCACAACAGUGGGUGGCAAAAGGUGGCGGAGUUCUACAUGUUCAACCAAGAUGUGAAGCUAAAUGUCACAAGAUUUGCUCCCACACUAUUGAAGGCUCUAGAGCUUCUUCGCAAAUAGUGGGUGCAUGUGAGGAUCUUUAUUAACAUUUAAAUUUUACUAUUUAGUAUUUUAAUUUGUUUAAUUUGAACAAUUUAAUGUUUUUUUUCAUUGCAUAUUUUGGUUCUGGCGUUUGUGUAUGACACAGUGAAUUACUCAAAUA